AUGAAGCUGAACGUUUCCUUCCCGGCAACGGGAUGUCAGAAGUUAUUCGAGGUGGUUGAUGAGCAUAAGCUCCGCAUUUUCUACGAGAAGCGUAUGGGCGCUGAAGUUGAGGCAGAUCAGCUAGGCGAUGAAUGGAAAGGCUAUGUCCUCCGUGUCGCCGGUGGUAAUGACAAGCAGGGCUUCCCUAUGAAGCAGGGAGUGCUAACCAACAGUCGUGUCCGUUUGUUGAUGUCCAAGGGUCACUCUUGCUACAGACCACGCCGUGAUGGUGAGAGAAAACGCAAGUCUGUCCGUGGCUGCAUUGUUGACGCCAACUUGUCAGUGUUGGCUCUUGUCAUUGUCCGCAAGGGUGAACAGGAAAUCCCUGGCCUGACUGAUGGCAACGUACCCAGGCGUCUAGGUCCUAAGCGUGCCUCCAAAAUCCGCAAGCUAUUUAACUUAUCCAAGGAAGAUGAUGUACGCCGCUAUGUAGUUAAGCGUCUUCUCCCUGCUAAAGAGGGCAAGGAGAAUGCAAAACCCAGAUAUAAGGCUCCUAAGAUCCAGAGGUUGGUGACACCUGUUGUUCUACAGCGUAGACGUCAUCGUCUCGCACUCAAGAAGAAACGUUUAGCUAAGCGCAAGUCCUCUGAAGCUGAAUAUGCUAAAUUGCUUGCACAGAGAAAGAAGGAAUCGAAGGUACGACGCCAAGAAGAGUUGAAACGUAAGCGUUCGGCUUCUAUGCGCGACUCCAAGAGCUCCAGCCAGAGCGCGCCACAGAAGUGA